CUUAGUUGAUCAUAGAUCUUCAUCUUCUCUCCACCACACUUGUUCGUUCCUCAUCCUCGUAUGUCGUCAAAUUUUACGUAUGAAAGCGCGAAUGGUACUACACCCUCUCUCUUUUGGAUCUUACGAUUGAUUUGAAAAGAGUGCCAUUAAAGCUCCGUGAUGGAAUCGGUCCUGGUUCUAUCGUUUCUACUUGUUGCUCCUUCGCGUGUGAUAAACAAACACAGCUCGUCAACGGGAAUUGAGACCUUAUUUCGUAGAGGUUGUGGGUUAGUCAGAAACCGAAUCGGAAAUCAAAUUCAGCAUUGAAACGUCGCUAUUGUUUCUCGAAAAACCAGCAAAUCGAAGCAAGAAAAUGGUGUGUUGCACAGGAGCGCCGAAAACGAAGGAAACGGUCGAGGCGCCGGUCGAGGCCCCGGCCCCCGUCGUCGAGGAGACCAAGGCUACUGUAGAAAUAUUGACAGCUUUUACUCAAAGCUUUAGUUAAGCUGUAGGUGCACUACAAUGAUCCCUGUUGUUUUCCUCUUGGUUUUGCCUCAUCAAGUUUGAAAAGAAAGCUCCUCGGCAUUAGCAUGCCGCUUGCCACGUGUGGCGUGUGAACACAUUUUUCGUGCGUUUUGCUUUGCGAUUGCGACAUGAUUAGCGCUUUUAUGAUUUGAACUUCUGACAUGAAAUGCAAUUUAAUUUGGCAGCGCGCGCCCCCGAGCCCGACGUGAGCCCGAUGCGCUGAUGUUGAAUAACCCGCCUGGUACGUGUAGCGUGAACACGCAGCGCCCGCGAAGGCGAUGAUGCGACGCGGACGCGCGGUGGGCCGAGAAGCAGCGCCCGGUGGUGGGAAAAGCAUUUGGCUGAUGUUGCUCCUUUUCAGGUGCAAGUGGAGUACUUCUUAUUUGCAAAAAAUAAGAAGUAGAAGUUGAUUUUGGAGGAGGUGCUUGCUGGUGGUGACUCCUUGCUGGUGAUGUUGAUGCUGCAAAAGAUUUCUUAGAAAUCCAAAUCUUUCUUGGAUCAAGAUCUACAAUGUGGAUGUGCAUGUUGUGAAAAAAUAUGCGUCCUCCCUGACGCUGCCGCGAUUCUGCAGGUUGACGUGCCACUAGGGUCGUGGAGGUCGAGGUUGCACUUCUGCUUCGAAAUAAAUAAAUAAUCCGUGCAUCGACCACAGGAGCCCGUGGCUGCUCCGAAGCCCGAAUGUGUGGUGAUGUGCGUCCCGGUGGAUGAGGUGCCGACGAAGGUGAUGGGGGCGGAGGGCGAUCCGCAGGCGAAGGUGUGGCUCAACAAGCUGGACGGCGGUCGCCAAACCAUGCGCAUCGAGAUUGAGCCGGGGUACCACUUGAUGAUGAUUUUAAGGACGACGCAGGAGGAGAUCCUGCACGUUGAUUUCGCGUUUUUCUUCUUGUAGUUUCUGUACGUGUUUUUUCUUUGGAUAUUAACAUAUAUCUCAGUGUAGCAUGGUGAAAGCAUGAUGCCAAAGUACCUAGUGACCAAUAAAACUUCUUAAACUUCAAAAGCUUUGAUUGGUUGAAAUCCGUCUCUCCGCACCUUCCGAAUUGUCCGGCCUGGUGCCCGGCGACGCACUUUGGCGUGCUGGAGUCCGGCAAAAUGCAGAUUAAGAUGGAGGAUGGCUCUGAGUUUACCAUCAACGCCGGGGACACCUACUUCGUCCCCCCGAAUCACCUGCCGGUCGUCGAGGAGAAGACGGUCAUGAUCGAGUUUACGCAGGAUACCACGUACUUACUUAUUCGCGCUACUAGCAGCUUUCUUUGCGUUGUCCACCUGUUUGCUACGGCGCACUAUCAUGAUUUUCGUGAUCCUGCUUCAAAUUCAGAUUCAGUGUGAAGAAUGCCCAUUGUCCGCUUUUCUUUCAAGAAAGUAGAGAUAAAAUAGUUCACCCUAUUACUCACAGGUACACCAACGAUAAAUUCAUCAAGUCUUCGUGAUGAAGCGGACACCGGUGCUGGUGGUACUCUGGCAGAAUCCUAUUGCGGGAGGUGAUGAUGAGGCGGGGAUAAGAGUCUGAGGACGACAAGAAAUAAUCGCAGUAAGAAGAAGCAGAGGACGACGAGGACGAGCUUUUGAAUGAUAUAAAUAUGGAGAUGUGAUAGCUGCUGCAAGUAAAGUUGAACAGAAUAUGAACCGCUUGUAUGAUCGAUGUCUCGAAUCUCGGUUACUUCGAAUGUUUUCCAGCAAAUUAGAAACACGACACACCAAC